AUGAUCAGCGACGUUCAACUCGGAAUUGCUGCCAAUAUUCUCGGCAUUACGAUGCUAUUGCUCGUCCUUAUGAGCACACAGCAUCGCGGUUUUGGCAGCCAACCAGGACCAUCAUCGUUUAGCACGGCGACAUCGCCAUCAUCGCUCCGCAAUUUUCGAUACGAGCCGGCGAGAAGCGGCUAUACCUCGCCGGGCGGCUAUUCAACAUACUCGACUAGCACCGCCGAUCGCGUCGGCUGCCUGACGGCUGUAAAAAUGUCGGCGUUCGCGAAAUUGUCGCGUUUCACUCGCCGCCUCAUCCAUAUAAGCCAAAUGGAUUUCGAGUUCGCCGCGUGGCAAAUGCUCUACCUUCUCAUUCAGCCGUCGAAAGUGUUCAAGAAUUUCCUCUACCGCAAAAGGACCAAGGACCAAUUCGCACGCGACGAUCCCGCAUUUUUGGUGCUUCUCUCAUUAUCGCUGUUGUUCUCGUCGAUGUUCUACGCGUACGCGUUGGGCCUCGAGAAAUUGGGAUUCGUCAAAUUUUUCCUAUGGUCCGUCUUCAUUGAUUGCAUCGGAGUUGGAAUCGCGAUUGCCACGUGUCUCUGGUGGUUUUCGAAUCGGUUUUUGCGAAAAGUGAAAGAUCAGGAUGUCGAAUGGGGAUAUUGUUUCGAUGUGCAUUUGAACGCGUUCUUCCCGAUGCUCAUUCUGCUCCAUGUCCUUUUGCCGAUCAUCUAUCCCACGCUCAUCAACACCCCGUCGUUCUUCUCGAUGUUCUUGGGCAAUACGAUCUGGUUCAUGGCGGCCGUCUACUAUGUAUAUAUCACAUUCCUCGGUUAUACAGCGUUGCCGAUACUGCACAAGACGCAGUAUUUCCUGUACCCGAUGUCAUUUAUCUUCAUGUUUUUCGUGGCGACACUCACAGCUGGCUGGAAUAUCUCGAAGACGGCGCUCUAUUUUUAUCAUUCGCGUGCCGAGCCGCAUCUUUUUGAGCAUGUGAACAGCCUUUGA